ACUAGACAACAAAAAUAAGCAAAACUUGGCAAAAUCACACGUGGUUUUGUUUACAGAGUGUGAAUUUUUGAAUUAAAGAUCACAGUUUUGACCAAGACGAGAAAAUGCAGAAGUUAUUGAAGAAGAAAAACAAGAUUGAGGAGAACUUGGAAGUGAUGGAAACUAAAACCGAGAAAAGCGUAGAGAAAGAAAAAGACGAGGAGAUGGACGAGCCGGACGAGGUCUCAGAAAAUGAAGAGCAAGAAAACGAACCGGCUGGUGAACUCGUGGAAAAAGGUGCAGAAAACGAUGAGGAAGGACCCCCCGUCAAGAAGGGCAAAAUAGAAUCGAAAGAAAAUAAGGAAGAGAAAGAAGCGAGGCCGCCGACGGAGGAGGAAAUUUUCAGGAAGAAAAUAGUCAAGCUAGGGGAGGUCAUCCGCAGGUCGAACUGCCAAAAGCCAAUUUUGGAGAAAACGCUCGAUAACCUGAAGGACCUGCUCAAGGGCAAGUACGACAAGCACGUUUACAACCACGCUGUGAGUCGAGUGGUCGAGUGGAUGAUCAAGCUGAGUGGCCCCGAGUUGACCAAAUCCAUCACCCUUGAGCUCAGGAAGGAUCUAAACAACAUGGCCAGGCAGAAGUACUCAAGGCACGUGGUGCUCUGCCUCAUCGGCAAGGCCGACAAGGAGACCUUUGACAUCCUCCACAAAGAGUUGUCACAAGAAAUCGUCAAAUUACUUUUGCUCGGGACUUCGAGCUCUGUGGUGGCCGAAAUUUACAACAAGUCCAGCAAAGUCCAAAAACGGGCGAUGAAGCAAAGUUUCUUCGGCAGGAGUUUCAAGAUUUUCAAGACAAACGAAAUCAACACACUCAAGGAUGUCAGCAAACAAGGCCAGACAGAAAAAGGAAGCAUUUUUAGCGAGGUUUACGAUAACCUCAUUAAAGUGGUUGAAAAGAAUGGAAUUAAAUCGGAAGUAACGGUGCAAGUUCUGCAAGAAUUUUUGGAAUCUGUGGAGCCGAAUCUGAAAAAGCAUGAGCCGUUUUUGAAAGUUCUGCAAAAGAACUUUGUCGAGCUUGAGCAAUACGACGUCGGAGCCUGGUUGGCUUCCUAUUGCAUCUGGAACUCAAGUGCCAAAGAGAGGAAGCAAAUUAUGAAGGCGACAAAAGCCAAGCCAGAUUUGGCUGCUAGCGCUGUUGGCUACGAGAUGUUGAUCACCAUCAUGGACUGCAUUGACGACACAACUCUGAUCAACAAAAUUGUGCUGCAGCCUUUGCUGGAAGAUUGUGUGAAUCUUUGUAGCAACAAAAAUGGAGUCAAAGUGGUUGGUUUCGCUGUGAAACCGCGAUCGACUCAGUUCCUCCACCCCCAACAAAUCAAAUUCCUGCAGCAAGGGGAUGCAAAUCAGCACAGCAAGAAAGAGAUCGGACUCAGACAAAAGGAAAUCAAAGAUUUUGCAGUUCCCUUGAUUGCUGGCAAAAUCAAAGGAAAUCUUUCACCGUGGAUAACAAACGCUCAGAGAUUUUUAUUUUUGAAAAAUUUAAUGGACGAGGUUGAAUACAAGGAAGUGGUUGAAGUGAUGACAGAAUUUGUCAGCCUUCUUGCCAACCCCGAUCACAAAGAAAUGGUCGAACACGAAGGUUCUAAAACAGAGAUGCCCGUCAUUGAGGUUCCGUUUGCUCAAAAGCUUGCCAUGCACAUGGUCAAAGAGGAAAAGGGCAAAUAUGCUAAAGACUCGAGCUACACUCCGGUAUUCUGUGCGCUUCUUGUUCCGGAAAUAAAGAAAACGCCUGAAUUCUGGCUUGAUUGUAAGAGGGGAAGAUUAACUUUCCUCUGCAUGAUGGAAACAGAGAUCCCUUCGGUGACUGGAGAAGUGCGAGAAUUUCUCAAGCCUCAUCUAAAUAAAAUCAAGGGAGAGGGCGAAACAUGCAAAAUUGCCAAGGACCUGUACACAAUAUUGGCAGGGACUGACAGUAAAGUUGCUUUGGCUAACAAAAUACCAGAGAGUAAAGUGGAGGUUAAAACACCAGAAAGCAAACCGACCAGAAUGAGCACUAGAAGCUCGAAGAGGAAUAAAAAUUAAAAAUGUUUCCAUCUACUUUUGACAUUUUAAAUUGAAAAUAAAAAAAUUGAACUGAAGUUGAAAUUU